AUGGCGCCCUACAAUGUCUUUGACCUUACCACAAUUUCUCAGGCCGUCCUCCAGGCAGAGUACGCGGUUCGUGGGACGGUCCCUCUGCGUGCGAUAGAGAUAGAGGACGAGCUGAAGACCCCCGACGGAGCCAAAAAGUACCCCUUUAACCGUAUCAUCUACAGCAACAUCGGGAACCCGAUGGUUAUGGGGCUUAAGUAUUCCACAUUUCUCCGAAAUCUGCUCGCCUUGGUGACGGCCCCGCAUGUCCUCUCAAAGCCAGACACCGAAAUUUGCGCCCUGUUGAACUGCAACCAAGAGUGUGUGGAUCGCGCCAGAGCGUUCGUGAAGGAGAAUCCGUCUGGUGUUGGGGCAUACACCCACUCACAAGGGUACUUGUCUGUCCGCAAGGAGGUUGCGGCGUUUAUCCAGCAGCGGGACGGCUUCCCGUCUGAUCCCUCAAACAUUUAUCUCUCCGACGGGGCGUCUGUUAGCGUGAAGACUAUCCUGCAGCUUCUGGCUGGUCCCAACCCCGGAGAUGGUGCCUUUCUUCUUCCAAUCCCGCAGUACCCCCUGUACAGUGCCGCCAUCGCCCUUAAUAAUGCAGUCGCCGUGAAAUACUACCUCUUGGAAGACGACGGUUGGUCCAUUGAUCUCAAGAGUCUUCGAGAGGCCAUCGAGACACAUAGGAAGACGGCCAAGUCGACAAUCAGGGCACUUAUUCUGGUGAACCCUGGUAACCCUUCCGGGUCUGUUUUCUCGAGAGAGACGCUACGGGCUGCGAUCGAUAUCUGCGACGAAUAUGGGAUUUCCAUAAUGAGCGACGAGGUCUAUCAGCUCAACACCUAUGCAGAGGCGCCAGGGAAGCAGAGGCCUGUCUUCCACUCGAUGAAAAAGGUGCUCUGCGAGUGGGAAAAGGAUAAAGGAAGAAAGGGACCUGCUCUCUUCAGCUUCCAUUCGGUCUCAAAGGGACUCCUUGGUGAGUGUGGGCUUCGAGGAGGGUACCUGGAGUGCUACAAUGUUCCGAAAGAGAUCACAGCGCAAAUCUAUAAGUGCUUUAGCGUGUGUCUCUGCAGCAACACAAUAGGCCAGGUUGUUGUCUCCUAUAUGGUCAAUCCUCCAAAGAGCGACGACGAGGACAAGAAACACUUGAAGACAGUUUUCGAGUCCAUGGAGCGCAAGGCACAGAUACUCACAGAGGGUCUGAACAAGGUACCGUAUAUGACAUGCGAGGUGGUUUCCGGGGCCAUGUAUGCAUUCCCUAGACUUUACCUCCCCAAGAGGUUUGUAGAGGAGGCAGAAGCAGGGAAGAUGGCAGCGGACACUCUCUACUGUCUCAAACUCCUUGAAACGACGGGUGUGUGCGGAGUCCCUGGAAACGGGUUCCAGCAACGUGAGAACACAUUCCACAUGCGCAUCACAAUCUUGGAGGAUGAGAAGUUCUUCCACGAGUUUGUGGAGAAGAUAUCGACGUUCCAUAAAGAUCUUUGGAAGAAGUAUGGGUCAGACAGUGAACGUGCAGCCUACCGCAAAGAGAUAGAGGAGCGCUUUGCUACUAUGAGGAAGGCCUGUCAUGCGGAGUGGUAG